AAUUAACCGCGUGUCAAUAUAAAUAGAUCACCUUCCCGUGCUAGAUAUAUGGACACAGUAGAGGGUUUUGUGGUCAUCUUCUUCGUUUUUUUUUCUUAUUUAAGACGUGAUUGAAGAUGACAAGUUAUUACGUAUAGUGAGAUCGGAGUGAGGGUUAGGGUCCACGGGUACCUUGAUGGCCUAAAAUGAUGUUGGAUUAACCUACACCUUCGGUUGAGGAGCCUUUGAUGUAACAAAGGAAUCACAAUAGGAUUUACUCGUUUUUCACUAUACUACAAUUCUAGUUGAGCCGCAUCCUCUUCAACUUCACCAUGUCGUUUGAAAAAUCUAUUGAGCCGGCGAACAGCGCUCAGCUCACUGAUGAAGAGUCGACCCCUGUCAGCGUUGAGGAGGAGUCUUCCGUCAUAGAUUGGACUGAAGCAGAGGAGCUCGCCGUAACGCGGAAACUCGACCUCAUUUUGCUUCCUAUUCUGGCUCUUGCAUUUUUUGCUCUACAAGUAGACCGAGCAAACAUUUCAAACGCCUUGACGAGCACCAUUACCGAAGAUCUCGGCAUCGACACGAACCAGAUCAACGUUGGGAACAGCAUCUUGAUGACAGGUUUGGUCCUGCUAGAGAUCCCCUCCAACGUUCUGCUGCAGCGCAUAGGACCUCGGAAAUGGCUGUCCGCUCAGAUCAUAGCUUGGGGACUCGUCGCCACUUUUCAGAACUUCAUUAGGAAUUAUGGCGGAUAUAUUGCUACCCGUCUGCUACUCGGUUUGUGCGAGGCCGGCUUCGUCCCUGGCGCGCUCUACACAAUGUCGACUUGGUACAAGAAAUCGGAGACUAGUCUACGAAUCUCAAUAUUCUUCCUCGGAAAUCUUCUCGCUUCGACCACUACUUCGCUGAUUGGCGCGGGCAUUCUCAGUAUGGGCGACCGGUAUGGGAUUGCGGGUUGGAGGUGGCUCUUCAUAGUCGAGGGAGCCAUUACGAUAGGUAUUGGCAUCAUUUUCAUCCUCUUCCUCCCGCCGUCAGUCGGGAACGGAUCUCCGCUCAUUAGCUUCGGCCGGUGGUCGUAUUUCAAUAGGCGCGAGUCGUACAUAUUAGUGCGUCGCGUGCUGCUCGAUGAUCCGGCAAAGGCUACAAACCAUCUGCGAAUCUCUGGUGCCGACGUCUGGGAAACUGUGAGAAACCCUAGGAUCUUGUCGCACAUGAUCAUCACGACGACGGCUAUGAUCCCGAUGUACGCUAUUAAUACCUACGGGCCGAGCUUGAUCAAGAACUUGGGAUAUGGCACGGUGAAAGCCAACGCCAUGGCUAGCGUUGGUGGCUUCAUCGGCGCGAUUGUGACGGUGUCUCUAGGAUGGAUGUGCGACGCUACUAGGAGAAGAGCGCCGGCAUUGCUAAUCAGCGCCGUCUGGAGUUUGAUUGCAUUUUCUUGCCUGAGAGAAGCGUGGAGGUGGAGUCCUGGGAGGAAGUACGUAGCCGUUAUUUUCUCGAUGGCCAUGAACUUCACAAUACACAUUCUCAACACCGGUUGGUUGUCUGUGAACUGCCAACGGCCCCAAGAACGAAGUAUUGCUAUGGCGAUGGUUAUUAUGGGCGCGAAUGCUGGGGGGAUUGCGGGAAGCCAGGUAUUCAGGACUCAAGACGCCCCCCUUUAUCAGAAUGCCUUUACUGCCUGCGUGGUACUUUCGGCCAUAGUCGUGGUGGAAGUUGUAGGGCAAGGCGCGUGGUACUUCGCAAGCAAUAGGAAGCUCGAUAGGCGGGGAGAUGCCCCUAUCAUAUCUGGGAAGAUGGAUGAAGGGUUUGAUGGACAGAGAAUUGAAUUAGUAAGGAAAUGGAGGUGGACAUGGUAGGUAGCGAAUACUCUCAACGAGAGUUGAGAUUUGAUAUAUGAGAUGAAAUAGAAUUAGAGAUGGCUGUUGAUAGAUGGCGUUACGAGAGCCCGUACGUCGGUAAUUAACUACCUCGAGCAUUUUUACAGGAGGCUAUAUAACUCCACUGUUAAGAAUCAAGUCCAAAAAGACGAUGAGCGACGCAUUGGUGUAUCCUAUUAGACGUUCAUUAAGAUAUAAAAGUAUUAC